AUGCUGCCGGAGAUCAAGCUCGACGCCAGCUGCAUCCGUGCAUCCGAUCUCGUCAAGGUGGGAAGAAGCGGGCUACCGUGCAAGUUGAGUGCGCACGGCAAGCUUGUCGUUACUCUUGAAUUUGAUGAUGGUGAUGAUGGUGAUGGUGGUGGUGACGAUGAUGAUGGUGAUGAAUGGAUGAUCGAAAUCAGAACUAUUACGUCCAUCCAUUGUUCGUGGACGGGAGGCGGCCCAGCUGCCCACUGGUCGCUUUUGUCACUCGCACUCGCAGACGAAUGGUGGCAGCAGGCUGCAACGGGGAUCUGCGCCGCGAGGGGAGAGAUGGUGGCAGUGGGAUGGAUGGAGUCGAAGCUCGAGACUGCUUCUAGACGUGGACGCUGGCAGCUUGAAACGAAGAAGUUAUUCUCAACCACCAUCACCACCACAACCACCACCACCACUCCCAUCCGCGCCCAUUGCCCCCGACGCCAUUAUACACCUCGCUGCCUCUCUGUCCCCGGACGACUCUGCUUCGCUGCUCUUGUGGCACCUCUGUUGACGGCUGACAUCGAGCGCCCCGCCCAUCACCAAGCGAGCGGUGAAAACAUCAACGCCUUGCCUUUCCGCCUCAGCACCUUCGAACUUCCACCAUCCGUCCGCCCAACAACACCAUCGCGACGCGCCCGCACCUCACAGCCACAGUGCACCGCCCCGCAGUCACAAGUGCUCUACUCCUGCGCUCCGUCAGCAGAACACGCGAACCCGCAGGCCUUGCAGCAGCGUCAUCGUCGCGCCGUCCGGGCCAUCCACACGGCUUCUUAG